UGGGGCCUCAGAGCCGGCGCCUCCGGGUUCCCCGCCCGCCAUGGAGCGGCUGACGUUGCCCGCCGGCGGCGCGGCGGCCGUGGACAAGUACAUGGAGUACCGGAGAAUUGUUGGUGAGGAUGAUGGAGGGAAACUUUUUACUCCUGAAGAAUAUGAAGAAUACAAAAGAAAAGUCUUACCUAUGCGUUUACAGAACAGAUUAUUCGUGAGCUGGCGAUCACCGACUGGAAUGGAUUGUAAACUUGUGGGUCCAGAGACACUGUGUUUUUGUACCCAUAGGUAUAAGCAACAUAAAACUGACUUUGAAACGAUUCCUCAGCAGCGCCCCAUCAGUCUUCCUUGUCAAGUGACGGGCUGCCCAUGCAGGGCUUACCUCUACGUGCCCCUGAAUGGCAUGCAGCCCAUUCGUUGCAGGUGCAAGCACUUUGCUGAUCAGCAUAGUGCUGGGCCUGGCUUUAUGUGCAAUGCCUGUUCUAAUUGUUCAGGAUUCCAUAGUUGCUUCACUUGUGCUUGUGGUCAGCCUGCAUAUGCCCAUGACACAGUAGUGGAAACUAAGCAAGAAAGACUGGCUCAGAGAAAACCGGUGGGAUGGGACGUUCCUUAUGCAGCAAUGGGAGGAUUAACUGGCUUUAGCUCGCUGGCAGAAGACUACAUGCGAUUAGAUGACAGUGGAAUUGGUGCACCUUCAGUUGAAUUUUUAGACUCUCCAGUUACAGCCAUGGACCACCCAUUUCUAAAAGCAUGUCAAGCAUCAUCUAGCUCUUCUCCAGAAACACUAACAGAUGUAGGUACAAGCAGUCAAGUUUCUUCCUUAAGGAAACCUGAAGAGGACGAUAUGGCUUUCUUUGAAAGACGAUACCAGGAAAGGGUGUUACUGAAGUAUGCCCUGGCUCUGAGAGAGAAGAAGAGAGGAAACAGAGGAGGGAGAGGAGCUGGGAGCUUGCAUACCCCAACAAACCAUAUUUUAAAAAUGCAGUUGGGUCCCUUCAACAAUCAGAUUGUGGCUUUAGUAUUUAGCAGCUUAAUAACCGCUAAGUAACUGUGUAAAAUGGCUGUGCUAAAUAAGACAUGAACCCAAAUGAGAUAAAAAUGGAAAAGGCUGCUAAGCCGAAAGGAAAAGCACCAUUGCCAUCAACUACAAAGCCUUCAUGAAGACUACUGGGGAAAUUAAAACCAGCAUCCAAAUAUGUCUUUUGUGUGUUAAUUAUUUAAGUAUAAUAAUACAAUUUAUUUUUCCUCAAAUUAUUUACUUCUUUUUCUGUGUAAAAAUAUCUUUUUGAAUGUUUCCUCAAUUUAUUUAAGUGAAAAUACCUUACAUUACUUUUGUCAAA